AUGUCCAAAGAGUAUUCCCUGGAGGUGGAGGUGAAGCUUCUAGCGGCAGGAAGCUGGUUGUCCUAUCUUCCUGGACCACAUCGUGAAGUUCAGAAACACUUUGAAGACCUCAGCGCUAGGAUCAGAGAGAUCGUAAAUGAACAUAAGAAAACCAGAGACCCUGCGUGUCCACGAGAUUUGAUAGAUGCAUACCUGGAGGAAAUAGAAAAGGCUGAAGGGAAUCCAGAGAGCACUUUCACUGAACAAAACCUCACGCUUAUUGUCAUUGACCUGUUUGGGGCUGGCACUGAGACGACAUCUUCCACUAUUCUCUGGGGAAUGAUCUACAUGGUGUUCCAUCCUGAGGUCCAGAAAAGAGUCCAAGAAGAAAUUGAUACAGUGAUUGGAAAGCUGAGGUCACCUGUAAUGGAGGACCAGCUGAGCAUGCCUUACGUUUCUGCUGUGAUCCAUGAAAUUCAGCGUUUGGCUGAUAUUGUACCUCUUGCCUUUCCUUACAUAACGUACAAAGAUGCUGAGGUUGGCGAGUUUGUCAUCCCUAAGGAGACCUUAGUCGUCAGUCAUGUGUCUUCUGUGCUGAAGGAUGAAACCAUGUGGGAGAAGCCUCAUGAGUUCUACCCGGAGCACUUCCUGGACGCAGAGGGGCGCUUUGUCAGGCGGGAGGCCUUCCUGCCUUUCUCUCUAGGUCGCCAUGUCUGCCCUGGAGAACAGCUGGCUAAAAUGGAACUUUUCCUCUUCUUCACCAGCCUCCUGCAGCAUUUCACCUUUUGCCUUCCUGAGAACUGCCCCAGGCCCAGUGUGGAGAGAGUGUUUGCCAUAACGAUCAGCCCAAGCCCUUUCCAGAUCCGUGCCAUUCCUAGAUAAGUCUGCCAGCAGACAAAAGGCGUUCGUUCUGAGGGUUUGGGUAGAGAGACAACAUGCCCUUGCAUUGCUGGAACAAGGAAUAAAACUGUUCUAGGAAUAAAAUGCACUAAAGAAAAUCAACUCCAGACAUGUGAAAUCAAAGUAAAUAAAGUUCUCACUCAAGUAUCCCAUGGCUGCAGCACAAGGGGUGUAUCAGAAUAACCAUUUACGGUAGAGGUAAGCAACUAGCUGACCGUGAGAUACAUGUGGUCCCCCUGUCCUCUUUGGUAUCCUCUGUACCCCUAAACUGUUGCUAUGCCCCCAAAUUGCAGCAUUGUGCACCUGCA